UCAUCCUUCAGAAACAGUUGUGUGACUCUUCGGACUUUGUUUCGGAUUCGGCCAGAAGUUCCUCUAUAACAAAAGAAAAAAAAAACGAAUAUAAUAUAAAAAAAAGAGUACAAAAAAAUACAAACAAAAAGAACAGAAACCUGACUGGGGAGUGGAGUUUUUGCUCCCCAACUAAAAAAGGAGUGGUGUGUGGAAAUAGUUUAAGAGUGUGUUGCAAGGAAGAAAUCACAUAAUCCAAUGGCAAUGUGUCGCGGUCAUAUGUAACAUAUAACAACAAAGAGUGGUGGUGUAGCCCCGUCUAAUGCAUAUGUGAAAUGAUCAACCGAAGGGCAAUUUAUCAGCAUCCCCAAAGUGUGUGUAAAAAGUAAACAACCCAGCAACCAACCAGCAAACAACAGCAAUAACAAUUUGUCAAGUACACACACCAACACAACACAACACAACACAAAACAGGUGAAAAUUGGAAAAAAAAAAAACGAACCAAAAAACUUGCUGGUUUUUAAACGCCCCUGAGCUGCGAACAAAGGAUUAUCGCGAUGGCAAGGACCACGAACAAGGAACUGAAGCUGGCGGCUCUGGAGCCUGCGAAAUGAAUUUAUGCCUGUGCAGUUUUCCAUCGAUUUUCGUCUUGCGCCACAACGGACUGGGGAUGAAAUACCAAACACAUAAAACGGAUUUGAUAUUAAAAAAAUAUGCAGAAACAAGAAAAAAGGCGCGAACUGCGCCUGAAGCGAUUCUGGCGCUCCCCGAAGACCACAUCCUCGGAGGACUCCACCGGCUAUGAGAGUCCGACGCGAACGAAGGCGGCCAGCAGCGAUGCCCAGCGCUUUAACCACCUGCACUAUACCAGCCUUUCGCAGGGAUCGGGCACCUCGUCCUCGGCGGGCGGAGCCAAUGCGUCUGGGGCGGGGUCAGGAACAGCGGCUGGGCCGUCCGGCAACAACAAGCCCUCCUGCUCGCUGCCACUGUUGCAGGUGUGGCCCAGCCAGGACUCUCCGCGCGGCGAGGCGGAUGGCCAGUCCUUUGUAUUCCCCGCCAUUGUGGAGACGAGUGUCAGCAGUCCGGUCGAGGCCGGGGCUAGUGGCAGUGGCAGUAUCGGGAGCACCAACCUGAGUCUGAAUGCCCGGAGGAGCAACAAUCACCUGAGCCUGUCCACGGACCGAAGGAGUUCUCUGUACUGUGAUACCCUGCAUGCCGGGGAUUCGGGCAUCGACUCGGUGCAGGCCUCGCCCUCGCCCAACGCCUUCAUAGCACCGCCCGGAAUUCAUAAUCUGCCGCUGGGUCAGACGGGCGGUGGCUCCUGCCAUGUGUCACCGACAAGCACCCCGACGCAGGGUUCACCCAAUCUAUCGCUGGGGAGGCGGGGCAUGAGAAACAGCAUUUGUGUGGUGCCCAGUGGCAAUGGAAGGAGAAAGUCGAGUGCUCUACUGCAUCCAGAUCAUGCCAGACUGUUCGCCCUGCGAAUGAAACAUGCGGCCGCCUUGGAACGGGCCCAGACCUCGCCGGAUCAGACCUCCAUCGAGGAUGCCAACGAGUUCCAUGACAACGGACUGGCCACCAACCUGCGCCUGUGCUCGGCCUCGUCUUCGACGACGUCGUCGCUGACUUCCGUGGCCGCGGUCAGCCUGGGCGGCGCCGGUGGUGGAGCUGGAAGCUCCGGUGCAGGUGCCAACACCACCUGCGGCUCAUCCUCCGGCUCCGCCUACGCUGUGGGAGCGGCGGGCGUCCAGCAGCGCGUCUCCGAUCCCUGGCUGCAGCCGCAAUCCGAUCGAGAGCGAGACUCGAGGCACGAUGGCCGGCGUAGGUCCUCCACCAUGACUGCCCGCUACUCCCUGUUCGAUGCAUUGGAUCUGGAGUAUGUCCUCCUGAGGGCCGCCGCCCGGGGCUCUGUGGGCCCGUAUAGCCUCAGCGAGUCCAUACACAAGCUCACCUUCACACAGUCGCUGGCAUUUCCGGCCCUUGCCCGGGGACUGGCCACCAAACGAAGGAGAUCGGCCACGCACACGAGCUCCAGACCCUUGAAUCCCCAUGAGUCGGGACUGAAUACCUGCGCCAAGGUGGUCACAGCCGUGGUGUUGGUGGCUCUAUCCUUUAUGGUAUUCCUCAUCGUCUACAAGUUUGUGAGGACGUGAGGUUUGCUCCUGGCCCCGUCGCCAGAGCUGCCAGUCACAUAUCAGGCCAACUAUGGAGCUGAGGAUGCAACGUCGCUGUCGUCAUCUUCGUCGUCGUCGUCAUCCUCCUCCUCGAUUAUCUCGUCAGCGGGCCGCAGUCUGGGAAAGCACAUGUCGGGGUUCAGGAGCAAAUUGGGCCAGCGUCAGGCCGACUUUGAGUGAUUGUUAACGUUCGAGGAACGUUAGUUAAGGCAUUGAGCAAACACUGGUCAACAUAGUUUGGUUAGUCAAGGUAGUUCGAUAGAGAUUUUGGUUAAGGGAAGCUUAUAGAGAUUCAAAUAAUACAUUUAUUAAUUUUAGUUGACGAUUUAAGAAAUUUCUUUGCUAGUUUAGAGUUAAUGACCAAGCAAAAGGACCUUAGAAAAAAUUGUAAACAGAUUUUCAAAACACAAACUAAGCUCUAGCAAUGGUCUUAUAUAUAGAUUUAUAAAUAUUUUACCGAUAUUAAUCGGAAUGUCAACGUUGCCCAUUACAUAUUGGCCAUAAAUCGAUAUUCUGUUUGAUAUAUUUUUCGAUUAUAAAUUCGUUCAAUAAAUUAAAUAACAAUAUUUGGAUAUUUUUUGAUUUUAUCGAUAUUUAAGCGUUGAAUAGUUUUUUUUUUUCUAUAUUUGGAAAUUCGAUAAAAAUUUCCGAUAAUUUCGAUAAAUUUCGAGAAAUGUUUUCCACUAAUUAAUCAUCCUUUUCAUCUCUAUAUACAAAAUUCUCAAGUCGUAUUCAUCAUUAACUAACCAAAUUUAGCUGACCAGUGAAAUUUUUGUGAUAAACUAUCAAUGACAAGCAAAUUUUCCACAAAACAAAAAAAAAGAAUAAACCCAACACACAAAAAAAAAAGAAAGAAAAUGGAAUAAAAAAUUAAAGGCUUAAACAAUUAGAAGAAAAAACACACACACAGCUUCAAGAGGCUUGCCAGAGUUUCAUCAAAUUUAUAUUAUACCUAUAUGAAUAAUAAUAUUUUUUUAUAAAUAUAAAACAAAACAAAAAAGAAGAAAUCAAAUCGAUGCUCGCAUUUCCUAGGCUCCUAUUUAGCAAAGAGAUUUUUUGAUAAAAAACUAGAAUCCAGUUUCAUUGUUUGCAGUUGGAAGUGCCUAACUAAUUUUUAAAAACAAAUUACAUAAAAAUAUUCUGCUUUUUUCUUUUUGUUCUCUUCCUUAAAAAAAUUAACGAAUUUAGAAUUUUUGGCAGCUGCUUUGAUGAUGAAAAACUGUUUAUAGGCUGCAAGUAGUCCAAAAAUAAUGUCCCAGUAGACACAGUUUGAUGGUAAAAAUGUAAUUUUUAAAUUAAAAUUUGGUGAUGGGAAUGAAGGGGGGAAAAUGUGA